CAGGUCCAGAAGGAAUUGAGCGGCUUGAAAGUGAAGGUGGAGCGUCUGAAUCCCGAGCGAGUGGCAAACCAAAGCCGCCAGAAGUUUCUGGAGCAGAGGUUGGAGGAUAUGACUCACUCUGCCGAGCAAGACGGACGCAGGCAGAGCAAGCUCCAGGAUCAGCUGGAAAGUCUUCGUGUGGAGGAGGCGAAGUUGGAGGCUCGACAGGAGAGCCUGAACAUGGGCCUGGCGGAGCGCAAGGUAGCCUUCACAGCAGACCAGCUUGAGGAGUUCGAGCGUGUGAAGCGCGCCACUGAAAAGAUCACGGCGGCCAGUGGUGAUGAGUUGCGCCAGAUCGAGCACCAGGUUCGUGCGGUCCGUGCCGAGCGGAUUCAAGCAGAGGGCGACCAGAGGGACGCUCUUGCACGCAAGGGCCACUUGAAGCAGCGUGUCAUGGAGUUGAACGAGGCCGAGACGUCCGCGCAGGCUGCACUCGAUCGGGGCACAGUUCUGAAGGAUGACCGCCUCAGGGAGCUAACACAGCUGCGGAGCUCCAUCAGCAAUCGUGGUGAUGAGAAAGAUCAGCUGCAGCAGGAGAGGCAGCAGCUCAUCACUGUUAUUCAGGACUUCACAGCCACCGAACGUCAGCUCGAGAAGGACCGUGAGCUGUCGCAGGUGUGCACAAGCCUGGCAGAGGCCUGUCCGGGAGUUUGUGGCCGGGUUGUAGAUCUCUGCAAGCCCUCGCAAAAGCGCCUUCACGUCGCAGUGAAUGUGGCCCUAACGCGAUACCUGGAUGCGGUGAUCGUUGACAGCAGCGACACUGCGAAGGCUUGUGUUCGCUACCUCAAGGAGCGGAUGCUGCCUCCAAUGACCUUCUUGCCCAUGACGGAUCUUCGCGUUGCCGGCCUUGACCCGCGUCUGCAAAGUCUCGUCCACAGCCAGAAAGGACUGCGCCUUGCUCUCCAUUGCAUUGCCUUUGACGAGAAGUUUGCCAGAGCUUUCGAUUUCAUGCUGGGAGAUGUUGUUGUGGCCGACACCAUGGCCGACGGCCGGCGCCUUGCUUUCGACGAAGCCCGCAAGCUCGGGGUCACCUGCAAGGUUGUGACGCUGGCGGGCGAAGCCAUUGCCAAGAACGGCAACCUGUCGGUGAACUCUGAUGCGACCCAGGAAGGUGCGACGCGCUUUGACCUGACCGAAGUCGAGGCAACCCGGUCUCGGCUUGAAGUGAUCGACAAGCGACUCUUUGAGAUCCAUUCCUUGGAGGCCUCGGGUGGCUCCGAAAUGGCCACACUGGAGUUUGAUCUGCGCCGCGUCGAGGGAAAGGCGCAGGAGAUGGCCAUGCGUUUGCAGCGUUGCCAAGAAGAGUUGAAGCAGAAACGUGGGGAGCUCAGUGCCGUGGAGGCGUCGCUCAACACCGUGCAGCCUGAAGCUCAACGCUUGGCGGCUGAAGAGGCGCGCCUCCGUGAAGAGCAGCGGAGAGUCGAGGCGCGGGUUUCGGAGGCCGUAGCUGGACACUUUGCAAAUCUGAGCCGCGCUAUGGGCGUGGAGGAUGUGAGAAAGCUCGAGCGCGAGUGGCGGCGUGAGCAAGAAGCGGUUUCCUCGCAGAUGUCGGAGCUUGAGCGGCGCCAGCGCAACAUUAAGGCGGAGAUCUCCAUGCUCCAGCAGACCAUUGAGGAGCAAGCGACCAAGGACCCCCAGGAGCUCAUUGCGAAGUUUCGAAAAGAGGUCACCGAGCUGCGCGAGAAGGAAGUUGGUCUCCAACGCGAUUCCGAAAGACUGGAGUCACAGGUUGCUGCCUGUGAACAGCGCCUUGCACAAGGACAUGCUGCUGAACGAGACUGCGACAAGGAGUUGUCGGGACUUCGACAGCAGGGAAAGGAUUUACGUCAGCAGCUGAUGGCGCUUGAGAAGAAGGUUAGCGACUUGGGUUCAGAGCAACAGGGCUUGAUCAGCGCUCGGUCGACCAUUCUUCGGCAGAGCCAUGUAGAUGGAAUCGAGGUACCCUUACUGCGCGGGGGUCGCGAGGCCCUUCAGGAGUUGGUUGAGGAGAGCCAGCCCGUUGAUGCACCGACGCAGAACUCCCCACCGGGGGAAGCUGGACCUCUCGUGAUCGACUUCGCUCUGCUUCCGGAGGAGAAGCGCGCCGCUUCCAAGGGCCCUGCCGCGCAGAUGUUGGAGGACGAAUAUCGAAGCGAACUGGAGCGGCUGCGCCUGGAACUAGAGAGGCUGAGCCCCAAUCUGAAGGCACUUGGGCAGCUGCAAGGCGUCGCGGAAAACGUGCAGGCCGCGUCCCACGAAGCGGAUGUCGCGCGAAAGGGCAUCGAGGAGAUCGAAGGGAAGUUUGAGGCAGUGCGAAAGGCCCGCAAGGAGAAGUUCAUGGAGUGCUUUCAAAAAAUCUCAGCUGCCAUCGGUCCCGUGUACAGCCGUCUCACGGCGAACCACGGAGCUGAUGGUGGUUCCGCUUACCUGGAUUUGGAGGACACCGAAGAUCCCUUCAAUGGGGGCAUCAAGUUCACUGCGAUGCCCCCGGCAAAGCGCUUCCGCGACAUGCACCUCCUGUCAGGAGGUGAGAAGACCCUGGCCGCCAUGGCAUUGCUCUUCGCGGUGCAGGACUUCCAACGACCGCCAUUCAUGGUCCUCGAUGAGGUGGACGCAGCCCUCGAUGCCAACAAUGUGCGAGCUCUCUCUAGGUAUGUCGAACAGGCAGACUGCCAAACAAUCGUGAUUUCUUUGAAGGACCGAUUCUAUGUUCGGGCAGAUGCCUUGGUAGGCGUAUGGAAGAACAAGCCGCAGGAAACCUCCGCGAUCUUGACUUUAGACCUGCAGAAGUACCAAGAGUCAAUGCAGUGA